CAGGCAUUUUAUCAAACAAUAUAGAGUCCUAUUACUGACCUGAUGUAGUUUCAAUGCGUCUGAUGUAAAUUUAAGUGGGAAAUAGCACAAAGUCGUAGGAGUCUGGAAAUGAUAUUGAAAAGUCUUGAGAAACACGAAAUCCGAAUGAUGAAAUUAAGCGUGCUGUUUCAGUAUUAUGCCGACAUACAAAGGCGUAACAUAAUUUAAGGGCUGAGAUCCUACUUAAAUAGUCACAGUAUUUUCCCUAAUAUAUUAAUGAACGAGACCAUUAAUUUCCGGAACGUCCAUGCUGGUGGGAUGUGAAUGCCUGUAUAGGUCUCUGCUGAUUCGCAAGUAUACGUAAAUCUUGUUAGGUCAUCAACACUGGCCACUGCAUAAAAAGUCAAGGGAUACACCAUGUGCACUAAGUGGGAAAAGAGGAAGAAAUAAAGAGCAAGAGAAUUGGGAACUGUGUAGUUACACAGGUUAGACUGCUUAAAAGGAAACUAUUGAUUCGUUUACUGCCGAAAGAUAGCACAUGAUGUAGACGCUCUUGAAUAAGAUACCGCACUAUUGGAUUUGGAACGGUGCAUGCUUGUAUUGAUAUCAUACGAAGCAAUUUAAAUUAUGCUCAGCCAAUUUUGAAAGCGGUCUUACGAAGGUUUCUUAAAGUACAUGUUUUCUUGAGUGUAUGGAGUUGUUUUAUCAUGAAGACAUCCCACUGAGUCUGAUUACUGAGCAGCUGCCUGGUUGUCUGUGCGACAACAUUUGCAGUUUAAACAAUGUUUGUACUUGUCUAUCGAAGUCUGGGAAAUCAUAUGACGCGAAUGGUCUGCUGAUUAAUUUUGUCACACCUGUUUUUGAAUGCAACAGUGAAUGUAAAUGUAGUCAGUCGUGUGCUAAUCGAGUUGUCCAGAACUAUUUACAAGAUGCGCAGAAUUCAUUUGAGUCUGAUUACUCUAGUAAAAUCUGUGUGAGCAACUACCCAAUUAUGGGUAAGGGAUUAAAAGCUGUUCAAGAUAUAAAAUGCGGGGAACUUGUUUGUGUUUAUUUAGGUGAGGUGAUCCCUUAUAAAGAAGCUUGUUUAAGAGAAGCUCGUCAACUUUCCUCUUAUGGUCGUAAUUACAUUUUGAUACUGCGUGAAUAUAGUGAAAAUCGUCUUGUGUCAGAAACGUGCAUUGAUGGUAAUCAAGAAUUAUGGGGUUCUGUAAAGUCAAAAGCACGCUUUAUUAACCAUUCCUGCACACCAAACUUAACCGUGAUUCCUGUUCGAGUUGACAGUUUUAUUCCUUAUUUGGCUUUGUUUGCAAACAAGACCGUUUUAUCAGGCACACAGCUAUCAUAUGAUUAUGCACAGUCUGUACCAGGAGACAAAAUGCGGCUGUCCAGGACACCUUGUUUGUGCAACUCAGACUCAUGCCGUAUAUAUAUGCCUGAAGUAUGAACAGCAUAUUGUUGGAAGGAAUGAGAGUACUUCAUCAAAAUCUCUGAAGAAUAUAUGUUUUAAAAAGAAAGGUCAGAAAUUUUUCCCUGAAUUGAUAACCAAUCAGAGCCUGUAACCAUGAAAAUAGCACUUAAUUGAAGAUUUAUGAGACUCAAUGAAACGUUACAAUGAAGUACUUGCUCAAACAAGAUGACAUUAAUAUUGUUAUUAAAAGUGGAUGCUCACAAAUUACUUGUUUACCUUUUGAUGUAAAAAUUAUUUGGUAAUUGUUUGAUUUUUUAGAAGAAAUUUUUGGUAAUAAAUCUGUUAGAAGUCAAUGAGCCAGAGAUUGUUUUUGAAUGUUAGCUUUAGUAGAAACUAGAAAAAAGAACUGGAUUGUCUCACCAAGUUGUAUGAAAACUUUAGUUUUAAUAAAUUCAAUAUCUGCUUU